GCAGCAGAAGAAGUAGAAUAAAAGAAAAAGAAGAAGAAGCUUUACGAAACUCAACCGGUUUAAAGUAUUUGUAUGUAAACAGAGCUCCGGAAUCGAUCCGAGUCGUUUUGCAGCCGUAUUUGUGUUUUCUGAAUCACUGUGUGAUAAAGCUUUGCUCGACGGCUCACCGGCUUCCGUAGUUCUGCUGCGUGGUGCCGGACCUGCUCUGCUGCGAUCUGUUCUUUGGAUCGGAACCAUGAGCCGAAGCUACAACGAUGAGCUGCAGUUUCUGGAGAAACUCAACAGCAACUGUUGGAGGAUUAAAAACGGCUUCGUGCCGAACAUGAAGGUUGAAGGAAUCUUCUACGUGAACGAUUCUCUGGAGAAGUUGAUGUUCGAGGAGCUUCGUAACGCGUGUCGAGGCGGAGGUGUGGGCGGGUUCCUGCCAGCCAUGAAACAAAUUGGGAACGUGGCGGCGCUGCCCGGGAUCGUUCAUAGGUCCAUUGGCCUCCCUGACGUCCAUUCUGGGUACGGCUUCGCCAUAGGAAACAUGGCGGCCUUCGACAUGAACGACCCGGACGCCGUCGUGUCUCCAGGCGGCGUCGGCUUCGACAUUAAUUGCGGCGUUCGUCUUCUGAGGACAAACCUGGACGAGCGGGAUGUCCAGCCCGUCAAAGAACAGCUGGCCCAGUCUCUGUUCGACCACAUCCCAGUCGGAGUCGGGUCCAAAGGCGUCAUCCCGAUGGGAGCCAAGGACCUGGAGGAGGCUCUGGAGAUGGGGGUGGACUGGUCUCUGAGGGAGGGCUACGCCUGGGCCGAGGACAAGGAGCACUGCGAGGAGUACGGCAGGAUGCUGCAGGCUGACCCCAACAAGGUGUCGUCCAAGGCCAAGAAGAGAGGCCUGCCACAGCUGGGAACUCUGGGAGCAGGAAACCACUACGCUGAGAUCCAAGUGGUGGACGAGAUCUAUGACGACUAUGCGGCUAAGAAGAUGGGCAUCGACCACAAAGGUCAGGUGUGCGUGAUGAUCCACAGCGGCAGCCGGGGCCUCGGACACCAGGUCGCCACAGACGCUCUGGUUGCCAUGGAGAAGGCGAUGAAACGCGAUAAGAUCACAGUGAACGACCGGCAGCUGGCCUGCGCUCGCAUCACCUCCCAGGAGGGGCAGGACUAUCUCAAAGGCAUGGCGGCAGCGGGAAACUACGCCUGGGUCAAUCGCUCGUCCAUGACAUUCCUCACCAGACAGGCCUUCGCCAAAGUCUUCGGCACGACGCCGGACGACCUGGACAUGCACGUCAUCUACGACGUUUCUCACAACAUCGCCAAGGUUGAAGAGCACAUCGUGGACGGGAAGCAGAGGACCCUCCUGGUUCACCGUAAAGGAUCGACCCGAGCUUUCCCUCCACACCACCCUCUAAUUCCUGUAGAUUACCAGCUCACAGGUCAGCCGGUUCUGAUCGGAGGAACGAUGGGAACCUGCAGUUAUGUUCUGACGGGAACCGAACAUGGAAUGACGGAAACGUUCGGCACCACGUGCCACGGAGCGGGCCGCGCCCUCUCCAGAGCCAAAUCCCGGCGGAACCUGGACUUCCAGGACGUUCUGGACAAGCUGGCCGACAUGGGCAUCGCCAUCCGAGUGGCUUCGCCCAAACUGGUGAUGGAGGAGGCUCCAGAGUCGUACAAAAACGUGACGGACGUGGUGAACACGUGUCACGACGCUGGAAUCAGCAAGAAGGCCAUCAAGCUGAGGCCCAUCGCUGUGAUCAAAGGCUGACCCGGUUCUGAAGCGCGACGACCCGGACACUUCAAACGAGUUCCGACCCGCUCCGUCACUGAACCUGGACUGUGACGUCUCAUCCCCGUGAUGAAGAAUAAAACCCAAAGAAACGUUUGAUUCUGUUUUCAGCAUUAACGGAACACACUUCACAGUAAAAGUGCAGAAUUUCAGCCUUUAAAAGUAUUUUAUUGUGAAAC